AUGACGCGACGUACGUCAGAGAAUGAUUGUGCAGAUUGGCGACCGGGCAUCAGUGCGAAUGGUGCCGAGACGAUUCCACCCGUCGUUGGCCACAGCUUCGGCUUCCACAGCUGUUGCUUGGAUCUGGUUGCGAUCCAGGCGAAUGUGCGGCGAUGCCGCUGGCAAGAGGCGGUGCUGCUGUGGCAUAAUGCGCUUGGCACGGCUCUGUGGCGGCAAGUGCUUGCACUCGUUGCCGGUUUGCCAACUCGCCAACUGGCGGCGGACAAGUUUCUCGGUGGUGUGACCGAGCAAUUACUGACUAUAUACAAUGCAGCAUUACUGGACUAUGCAACGAAUCGCAAUUGGCAGCUAGCCCUCAACAUUGUAAGCAUGAUGAUGCCUCCCGUCACACCCGAUGUGGUCAACUACAACUCUUUGAUCACCACGUGCCUUGGAAGUUCCAGCUGGCAGCUGGCAGUGCACGUCCUGGCCCACAUGCCCGUGUCGCCAGAUUCCAUCAGUUUUUCUUCUGCCAUCCGUGCAUGUGAGAAGAGCACAUGCUGGAAAGAAGCUGUCGCGCUCCUCCUCGGGAUGAUCGAGCGUGAGAUGCUUCCCUCCGGCAUCAGUUGCGGAUCUGCCCUCAAUGCCUGCAAAAGGAGCAACCGUUGGCAGCACAUGGUGACCUUGCUGAACCUGCUGCAAGACAUCAAGGCACCACCUGAUGGGAUAAGCUACACUGCCACAAUCGCGGCCUGUGCCACCGACUCCUGGCAGAAUUCCCUGUCCGUGUUCGCCAGGAUGCAGAAGCAACAACUACUCCCUGACGUGAUUUCGUUCUCGUCGGCUGCGCAUGCCUGCGGUGCACAUGGAUAUUGGGAGCAAGCUUUGGCGAUUUGUAGCAGCAUGCGCCAGUUCUUGCUUCAGCCGAACGCGGUGUUGUACAGCUCGCUGAUCAGUGCUUGUGGUGCCACUGGGGAAUGGCAGCGAGCUUUCGCUUUGUUCGCGCAAAUGCAAGCCGAGACCUUGCAAAUUGACGUUUUUGCCUGUGGCGCCGCAAUCAAUGCCUGUACAUGCGAGGGGGCCAUGUGGGAGGAGGCCCUGCGCCUUCUGGACAGCAUGCUCCAGGCAACUGUGCGGCCAAACAAAGUAUGCUGCAACGCGGCAAUCAGCGCAUGUGACAAAGGCGGUCAGUGGCAACUUGCCUUGGGCUUCUUCCGGAAGCUGGGAAAGUGGACACUGCAUGCUGAUGCUGUCAGCUACGGUGCUGCCAUCAGCGCUUGCGCGCAGGGGCAUCAGUGGAUACUGGCAUUGACCCUCCUGGACGACAUGCCUGCCGCGAGCACCAGAAGAAAUACGAUUUGCUACACCAGUGCCCUGAGUGCCCUUGACAAGGCUGGGCAUUGGCAGCUGGUGUUGCUGAUGCUGUCUCAGAUGUCGAAGGAGGCAUUGCAACCUACUUUAGCAAGCUAUGGGGCAGCAAUGAGCGCCUGUGACUCUGCCUCUGCCGGAGCGUGGACCUCUUCAUUGACUUUGCUUCACCAAGUGAAGUCGCAGCGACUGAUGCCCACAGGAAUGAUCGCCGGGUCACUGGCAGGUGCUGUACAACAAGGCAUGGGCGAAGACGCGGCCCUCGAUGUUUUGGCAGAGCUUCGGGAACUGUGGACCGAGCAGUGUCCGCAGGCAGCCUGCGCGCUGCACCCAGCAGAUCUCGCCGCUGUGGUUGGCUUUGGUCCUGGCAUCGUGGCCGCCGCAAAGCCAAGCGGCGAGAGGACCGAGGACUUGGCCGAAAGCUUGGCUGAAUCACUUGGAUGCGAGCUGACUCUGGUUUCCCGGCUGGACCAUCCGACAUCAGGCGUGCUUCCUGUCGCUCUCGGAUCAGAAGACUCUGCUGCAGCCAACUGGUUACAAGCUCAAUUUGCAGGUCGAAUGGUGCGCAAGGAAUACCUCUGCCUGGUUGAGGGCCCUCCUCUUGGAGCCGCUGGUUACUGCGCCCGGAUUGAUGCUCCCUUGCACACCCUCAAAAAAGGAGAUCAGCUCCGGACUGAAAUCUCCAGCCUGGGCCGUGAGGCGAAGACCGAAUACCAGGUGCUGGCUAGGUAUCGGCUGGAUGCCGCAACUGACCCGGUCCUGUCCCUCCUGUCCGCUCGCCCGAGAACUGGUCGAACACAUCAAAUACGUGUUCACAUGGCCAGCAUCGGUGCACCGAUUGUCGGUGAUUUGACUUAUGGAAGGAAGCAACAUUCCACAGCUGAAGCACCUCUGCCGGCCGAGCUUGAAGAUGUUCUUUCAAGGCUUUGCCAAGUUAAUUGA